AUGGCAGACGAGUUGACUUCGCCCACGGUAAAGUCUGGAAAUGUGCUUGCUUUGCUUAAUACCUUGUAUGCUUCGGGUUUUGCGAUGGCCUCAUCGAGUACACCAUUAUUAAAAGGCAAAACAUUACAUACCCUAUACGCCUUAUCCUUUGUGGUUUAUGUUAUUAAUACCGUUUGCUCAUGGGUACAUGUUUCAUUUGUGGUGAAGGGUUACGUUACUUCAUUUCCACUGAAUAAUUGGAUUGUAGUAUCUUUGGUUAUUGCUUCAGUCACUGGUUCAAUGCUGACCUGGCUUUUAUUUGUAUUAUGCAUCGAAAAUGCGUUUGCUCAUCGAUUAGAUGUGAAACCUUACCGUAGUGGAUGUGCAUUGCUAUUCGAAGCAUUUAUUGAAUGGACACAAGCUUUUAACAACUUCAGAAUGUCGUUUCUUAUAAUGUUACUUCACGAUGCACCCAUUACAAUAUUCAAUUAUUUUUAUAUAGCGGCUUGCAGGUGUCCAAGCCCAAAGGUGCUUUCGUGGCCAAUUGUUGUGUCGUCAAUCAGCUGCACCGCAUCAUUAAUGUGGAGAAUAACAGUGUUGUACUUUUCCUAUAGGAGAAUGCUUUUUGGAAAAAAGAAGAAACAGGUGUCUGGAGUUGCUGUACAAACUCCUACUAAACAACAUUUUCAGCAAGCAAUAGAUACAAGUUCCGCUUCAAAUGGUGGAAGAUUGAACGAAUAUGACGAAACGUGGCCAAUUCGCUGGGCUAGAAUAGCGACACUAGGUCCACAUCCAGAUAAAGAUACGCAAAUUGAACAAAACGGCGACCUACCUCAAAACGAUAUACAUGAGGCUGUUCACUUGAAGCCUGAAGAAAAACUAACGCAGCGUUUAAAGGAAAAAAUGCAUCAGUUUUGUGCCGAAUUUGAUUUCUUUUGCUUUUGCCGAAACGUUAUUGGAUAUUCGAUGUGGAUAAUUCUCUCGAUCAUCAUUUACAUAUUGAUGACAUUUAUUGCGUGCAUUCCUUGUAUUUAUCACUACACGUGUAGACAUAAUAGUUUUUAUCACAGGCACAAACUAUGCAGGUCAUUUAUAAGGUAUUUUUCAAUGGCAUUUCACCGGGUCAUAUUCGCAUCUUCGUUGAUUUUCUCUUUACUAUUUGCAACAUUGAAUAUAACGCUGCUAUCAUCUGUACACGGAUUAGGUUCAAACACGUUUCCACCGGAGAUCGAUAGAAUAUGUGUUACGAUAACUCCGGAGUCAAAGACCAUUUACACAAGCAUUCUGCCUCAACCCGUUUUCCAAAGACCAACUGAAUUCAAAAGAAGCUUAAAUCGAAAGUAUGCUCCAAAUGAUAAACACUCUGUGACCGAGUGUAAACCGUUGUGGGAGGACGGAGGAUUAGGAAUUGGAUUAGCUAGAAGAGAGGCAGGCAUUUGGGAAAUGAGAACUCAACUAGAGAAUCUAAUGCUGUCAGUGGCAACUCAUGUAACAUUUAACAACACUGAUCCUCAAAAUCCCGCGUUACGACUAGAAUAUUCGCAUACGAUAUUUAUUCGUCAUAACGAAACAAGUGAUGAGCGAUUUAGUUGCAUAGGAGAAAAUGGAUGGAAAGUGAUACCCUCGGUGGGUGAACUCUCAUGGCCAUAUUUCUCGGCUUGUUCACAAAAUUGGCAAUUCGGCGAAAAUUCGGAUCUAAUCGAAUGCAAUCAGUUCUUGAAAUAUCGCAAGCAUCCGACAAGACAUAGCAUGCAUAAUCUGCGAACGUACUCAAAAUAA